GGCUGAAAAGGCAGCCUGGGCAGCCCGCCCCCGCUGCUGCCCAGGAAUGAGGCUGGCAGAUGGAGGCUGACCUGACUGAGGCGGUGGGCCCUGCAGGUGCCAGGGCAGGAGGCCAAGACGGCCCCGUCACAGACCAGCAUGCUGGGGCAUUCCCUGUGCCCCCGAUGGGGACAGGGACACUGAGGCCCACUGGAGUCCCACAGGCCCCGGAUGCCAGCAAUGAUGGCCAUUCUUGUCCCAGGUUCCAGUACCCAGAUCCCACAGCCUUCCUGUGCACUGGGCUACCCCUGGCCCUGGCACACAGCAGCCACCAGGACAGCCUCUGCUCUUGCCCUUGGGAGCCUGCCGUCUGGUGGUCAUCAAGUACGUGCCCUAUGUGGGCGACAGCAAGCUGCACUGGAUGAGUACACAUCUGAGUUGAUGCUGGGCGGUACCAACACCCUGAUUUUCAGCCUUAAUAUCUUCUUUUGUGAAAUGGGGAUAAAAGGCCACGCGUCCUAACGGGCUGUGGUGCGAAAUGAAUCCACGCGCUCCCUGUUCGGGCCGGGGUCUAUGGCCCACGUGGAUGCGGGGACUGGCACACGAUAGCCUCGUGGACUUUGCGCUGUAGGGCCUCGAACCCGAGUCCAAGGCCGGCGCACCCCUCCCCCCGGCGCCCCUCCCCCGGCGCGAGCAGAGCGAGGGGCGGAGCGAGGGCGGGGCCACGGCUCUUUUCUCUGGAGUUCGCGCGCCCUGAACGCUAGCAGUGCACCUCUUCGAACCGACUCCGCGCCGCUCGCCGUGAUGGAGGCUACAGCCAAGUUUGUGGUGGAGAGCCCAGACGUGGUGUAUGGCCCCGAGGCCAUCGAGGCGCAGUACGAGUACCGCACGACAAGCGUCAGCCGCGAGGACGGCGUCCUCAAGGUGCACCCCAUGUCCACGCGCUUCACCUUCCGGACCGCCCGUCAGGUGCCCCGGCUCGGGGUCAUGCUCGUCGGCUGGGGAGGCAACAACGGCUCCACGCUCACUGCUGCCGUGCUAGCCAACCGGCUGCGCUUGUCCUGGUCCACGCGCACCGGUCGCAAGGAGGCCAACUACUACGGCUCGCUGACGCAGGCGGGCACCGUUAGCCUGGGCCUGGACGCCGCCGGCCAGGAGGUGUUCGUGCCCUUCCGCGCGCUACUGCCCAUGGUGUCGCCCGACGACCUCGUGUUCGACGGCUGGGACAUAUCGUCGCUGAAUUUGGCUGAGGCGAUGCGGCGUGCGCAGGUGCUGGAUUGGGGAUUGCAGGAGCAGCUGUGGCCGCACAUGGAGGCCUUGCGCCCGCGGCCCUCGGUCUACAUCCCGGAGUUCAUCGCAGCUAACCAGAGCACGCGCGCAGACAACCUCAUCCCCGGCACACGCGCGCAGCAGCUGGAGCAGAUCCGCAAGGACAUCCGCGACUUCCGGUCCCGCGCGGGGUUGGACAAAGUCAUCGUGCUGUGGACAGCGAACACAGAGCGCUUCUGCGAACUGGUCCCGGGCCUCAAUGACACCGCUGAGAACCUGCUGCGUACCAUCCAGCUGGGCCUGGAGGUAUCGCCGUCCACACUCUUCGCAGUGGCCAGCAUCUUGGAGGGCUGUGCCUUCCUCAAUGGGUCCCCGCAAAACACUCUGGUGCCUGGUGCGCUCGAGCUCGCCUGGCAACACCGCGUCUUUGUGGGAGGAGACGACUUCAAGUCAGGACAGACCAAGGUCAAGUCCGUGCUGGUAGACUUCCUUAUCGGCUCUGGCCUCAAGACCAUGUCCAUUGUGAGCUACAACCACCUGGGCAACAACGACGGGCGGAACCUGUCCGCACCGCCGCAGUUCCGUUCCAAGGAGGUGUCCAAGAGCAGCGUGGUGGACGACAUGGUGCAGAGCAACCCGGUGCUCUAUGCACCGGGCCAGGAGCCCGACCACUGCGUGGUCAUCAAGUACGUGCCGUAUGUGGGCGACAGCAAGCGUGCGCUGGAUGAGUACACGUCCGAGCUGAUGCUGGGCGGUACCAACACGCUGGUGCUGCACAACACCUGCGAGGACUCGCUCCUGGCAGCACCCAUCAUGCUGGACCUGGCCAUACUGACCGAGCUGUGCCAGCGUGUGAGCUUCUGCACCGACGCAGACCCGGAGCCACAGGGCUUCCACCCGGUGCUGUCGCUGCUUGGCUUCCUCUUCAAGGCGCCACUGGUGCCGCCGGGCAGCCCAGUGGUCAACGCCCUCUUCCGCCAGCGCAGCUGUAUUGAGAACAUCCUCAGGGCCUGCCUGGGGCUUCCGCCACAGAACCACAUGCUUCUGGAGCACAAAAUGGAGCGUCCCAGUCCCAAGCAAGUUGAACGUGGGGUUGCUGCCUGCCUUGUGUCUUGCAAGAAAGAACAAGCACCCACAGCCCCCAACGGCUGUACUGGCGACACCAAUGGGCACUCGAAGGCUGCGGCAUCCCUGAUGUCCACCACCUGAGGCAGUGGCCAUACAGCUCCUCACAACUCUUGCCCCCCAUUAUCCCUCAGAAUCCACCCUUCCAGCCACCUCCCCCCAAAGACAAUAAAGCCAUUGCCACUAUCA